AUGAGUUUAACGCGCGUUGUAGCCCAUAAGCGCCGUGACGCCCCGCUGGGGGCCGCUCGCGCUCCAGAGGCUCCUGAACGCGGAGCUCGGCUGGUUGCCAGGAGCGGGUGCGGGCGGAGCGCCAGGCCAGGCCGCGGGGGCGCUCGGGAGCGCGCGGCGUUGGGGCCGUGCGGGGCGCUCCAGAAACACCUGCGACCAACAGGGGCGUUCGGAACGUUCAUGGGUUGGCCAGAAAGAAAGAAAGAAGGUAAGUUUGACCUGAAUGGAGAUCCUCGGCCAACCAACCAACGUGUUAACAAGCAUGUAAAUAAUGACAUUUAUCUUCGGGUUCAAAACUUGACCAUCUUGGUCAGAAGCAUUAAGACUUAUUAUCAGGAGGUCCUCCAGCAGCUGAUUGUAAUGAAUUUACCAAAUGUUUUAAUGAUUGGCAAAGAUCCACUUUCUGGUAAAAGUAUGGAUGAAAUUAAGAAGCUGCUGCUGUUGGUUCUUGGUUGUGCCGUACAGUGUGAAAGAAAAGAAGAAUUUAUUGAAAGAAUAAAACAAUUGGAUAUUGAAACACAAGCUGCUAUCGUGGCCCACAUUCAGGAGGUGACUCACAACCAGGAGAAUGUCUUUGAUUUGCAGUGGCUGGAGCUGCCAGACAUGGCUCCUGAAGAACUGGAGUCUCUCUCCAGGAAUAUGGUUUUCCACCUCAAAAGACUCAUUGAUGAAAGAGAUGAGUGCACAGAAGUGAUUGUAGAUCUCACUCAAGAGAGAGAUUAUCUACAGUCUCAGCAACCACCAAGUCCUCUGAAACCACCAAGCCCAGAUUCAUCACCAAACCCAGCCAACCAUCGUUCCAAUGAAGACAAACAGCACCUUGCAGUUGAGCUGGCAGACACAAAGGCUAAACUGCGAAGAGUCCGACAGGAACUGGAGGAGAAGUCUGAGCAGCUUGUGGACUCUAAACAUGAAGUUGAAGAGCUCAUCCUAGAGCUUCAAAAAAUAAAACAAGAGAAUAUUCACUUGGCCUCGGAUGCUCGCUCUGCCCGAGCAUACAGAGAUGAGCUGGACUCCCUGAGAGAGAGGGCAAACCGUGUGGAGAGGCUGGAGAUGGAACUUGUCCGAUGCAAAGAGAAACUUCACGAUGUGGAUUUUUACAAAGCUCGCAUGGAGGAAUUAAGAGAAGACAACAUCAUAUUAAUUGAAACAAAGGCCAUGCUAGAAGAACAGUUAACAGUGGCAAGAGCUCGUGGUGAUAAAUUGCAUGAAUUAGAGAAGGAAAAUUUGCAGUUGAAAUCCAAGCUUCAUGAUGUAGAGCUGGAUCGGGACACAGACAAGAAGAGAAUUGAAGAACUGCUGGAAGAGAAUAUGGUGUUGGAGAUUGCACAGAAACAGAGCAUGAAUGAGUCUGCACACCUAGGCUGGGAACUAGAACAACUGUCAAAAAGCACAGAUCUUGCGGACACUAGAAAGUCCUUUGUGUUUGAGCUGAACGAGUGUGCGUCGAGUCGCAUACUGAAGCUGGAGAAGGACAAUCAGAGCUUGCAGAACACGAUCCAGGAGCUGAGAGAUGCCUCCUUGGCCUCCAGGGAGAGCAACCUGAAGUUUGUGGAACUGGAAAAAGAAAAUCAGCAGUUAAGCAAAAAGAUUGAAAAGCUGCAAAAUCAAAUUGAAAAAGAGAAGCAAAGUAAUCAAGAUCUGGAGACCUUAAGUGAGGAGCUGAUAAAAGAGAAAGAGCAGCUACAAGUCAUCAUGGAGAAUUUGAAAGCCGACAAAGACAGACAGAUAAAGGAUCUUAAACAAGAAAAUGAUCACCUUAAUCAAGUGGUCUUGUCCUUGAGACAAAGAUCUCAAGUAAGCAGUGAAGCCAGAGUAAAAGAUAUUGAAAAAGAAAACAAGAUCCUUCAUGAAACAGUUACAGAAACUAGUAGCAAACUGAAUAAGCUGGAAUUUGAGAAGAAGCAGUUACAAAAGGAUUUUGAGCAGGUUAAAGAGAAAGUGGAACGAGUGGAAGAAAUGGAGAAAGAACUACAUCGGCUGGAGAGGGAAAAUGAACAGCUCACAAAGAAGGCAGCAGCCAUGAAAAUAGUGACAGAAAAAGUUGAAGUUCUUGAGCAGGAAAAUGGGGAUUUGGAAGUGGAAAACAGGAAAUUAAGAAAAUCCCUGGACACAUUGCAGAAUAUUUCCAUCCGUCUUGGUGAUCUGGAAAGAGAUAACAAGCAGUUGGAUGAAGAAAAUCUGGAGCUCAGAAGAGUGGUAGAGACCAUGAGAUUUACCAGCACAAAAAUGGCACAAAUAGAAGCAGAAAAUAAAGAUUUGGAGAGGGAGAAAGAGGACCUAAGGAAGAAUGUAGAAAUGUUAAAAGUGCUGAGCAAGAAAUCAGAAAGACUGGAGCUAAGCUAUCAAAGUGUUAACUCCGAAAACCAGAGACUUCAGCAAAUGCUGGAGAACAGCAGCAAAAAGAUCCAGGAGCUAGAGAAAGAAGUGCAAGAAAUGGAGAGUGAAAACCAGGUCCUCCAGAGAAACAUGGAGGAACUAAAGAUUUCUACCAAACGGCUAGAGAGGUUAGAGAAAGAGAACAAAGACCUGGAGCAAGAAAUGUCUCAGCUGGAGAAAGACAAAAAAAUGCUGGAGAAAGAAACAAAACGGCUUUGGCAGCAAGUGGAACUUAAAGAUGCUAUUUUGGAUGAUAGUACGGUAAAGUUGGCAGUUGCUGAGAAGGAAAACAAGACACUAGAAAAGGAAAUUGCUCGAUUCAGAGAUUCAUCUAAUAAGCUGAAAGAAUUUGAAAAGGACAAUAAAGAUCUCAUAAAGCAAGUUACAAUUGAUAAAAGAACACUAGCUACACUGAGAGAGGAUUUGGUCCUGGAGAAGCUGAAGAGUCAACAGUUGUCUAGUGAGCUGGACAAACUGAGCCAGGAGCUGGAGAAGAUAGGACUGAACAAAGAGCUGCUGCUACAGGAUGACAAUGGCAACGAUGACAAAAAAUAUAAGAUUCUGGAAAGCAAAACUGAAUCGGCACUAAAAACAGCAGUAGCUGUUAAAGAGGAAAAGAUCGCAGUGUUGGAAGCUCAAGUGAAAGACUCUCUGAACUUGAACCAACAGUUACAAAAUGAGCUAAAUUUGGUAAAAAAGGACUUUGAUGCACUCAAGCAGACCCAACAGGAUGGGCAGUGUGCUCAGAAGUCACUGAAAUAUUCGGCAGAGAAACGCAUUCCCAAUCACCAAGUAAAAGAGAAAUUGGAAAUGGGACACCGAGAAGCUACCAUGGAGCUUCUGAAACUGAAAGACAGGGCGAUAGAAUUGGAAAGGAAUAAUGCUGCCCUGCAUACUGAGAAGCAGCUGCUUAAAGAACAGCUGAAACACUUGGAAAUGCAAAAUGUCUCCUUCAACAGUCAGAUCCUGACACUACAGAAGCAAAAUGUCUUCCUCCAGGAGCAUAACACUUCCCUGCAGACACAGACAGCCAAACUCCAGGUAGAAAAUUCAACCCUCAGCUCCCAGAGUGCUUCACUGAUGGCCCAGAAUGCUUUGCUCCAAAAUCAGCAGACAGCCAAGGAGAAUGAAAAUGAAAAUCUACUGAAACAGAAGGAACAGUUAAAAGCUGAAUAUGAAUCAUUGCUUCAGGAUCAUGAACACCUUGCUUCACUGCACGAGCGUCAGUCCACAGAGUAUGAAAUGCUAAUAAACCAGCACAGCUGCUUGAAAACAUUACACAAAAACCUGGAUCUGGAGCAUAAAGGUCUGGGUGAGAGAUACAACAGCUUAAUGAAGCAUAAGGCAGAACUGGAAGAGCUGGAAGUAGUUUUAAAAACUGAGAGAGAAGUUCUGCAACAAGAAAGGAGAACAAAUGCAAUAACCACUGGGGAAAAUCAGAAGUUGAGGGAGGAACUCGACAGGGUGAAUUUCUUGCACAGCCAAUUAAAGGCAGAGUAUGAAGGGCUGCAUUCACACACUAAGGAGCUGAAAACUUCCUUGAACAACUCUCAGCUAGAGCUGAAUCGUUGGCAGGCUCGCUACGAUGAGCUGAAAGAACAGCACCAGUCCAUGGACAUCUCGCUGACAAAGCUGGAUAACCACUGCGAGCUGCUCUCGCGUCUGAAGGGAAAUCUGGAAGAAGAGAACCAUCAUCUCCUGAGUCAGAUCCAGAUGCUGAGCCAGCAGAAUCAGAUGUUGCUGGAGCAGAACAUGGAGAACAAGGAGCAGUAUCAUGAGGAGCAGAAACAGUACAUUGAUAAAUUAAAUGCCUUAAGGAGACACAAGGAAAAGCUUGAAGAGAAGAUAAUGGACCAGUAUAAGUUUUAUGAUCCUACUCCAAAAAAGAAAAACCACUGGAUUGGAGCCAGAGCCUUAGUCAAAUUAAUCAAGCCAAAGAAAGAGGCUACAAGGGAGCGGUUGAAAUCAUCAGCAGAGAGUUCUGCCUGGCAUCCUGAAUCCCCAGAAACAGUAGCCUCCCCAUCUGCCUCCCAAAAACUGAAACAUCAACAAGAUGGUCCGGAUAACACCUCUCAAGGGUCCAACUCCAUGGAAGAGAGGACGAACCCUGGGGCUUCUUCAAACAAAGUGCUAACGGACCUAAAGCAGAAGAGGAAUUCCCCUCAUGGAGACAGCAGUGACAACGCUGAAGGGGCAGCAGAGUGCGCAGCGAAGCCCUGCUGUGCGGAGCCGGGCGCCAGGCCGGCCCCAGCCGCGCACGUGCGCACCUCCACCCCCGUGGGCAGGCUGCCGAGCAGAGCGCGAGGCUAUAAUUCAGAAGAUAAUCUAUGUGAGCAGUCCCCUGAGGUAGAGUUUUCAAGCACCAGGCAGCAUGUGUCCAGGCCAAACAGUUCAGAGAGCAGUAGAAACGCAUCCAGCAGUAGCUCACCCCUCAACUUGAAAGGUUCCUCAGACCAUAUCCAUGGUAGAACCGAGAGCCUCAGCAGUGAAGAUAUGGUGACAAGCAGAGAGGCACCAGCCUUGCUCCGAGACAGCUAUUCCUUUCACUCUGUUUCGACCAUCUUAGGCCCUAGCAGUAGGCGUGAGCUUUCCUUCCACAGGAGCGGCUCAAGCUCUUAUGAUUGGCCUCAGAAGAGCACGGCAACCCCGUCCUACGUGGGUAGGCAGCGCUCUGCCUCACCUGGCAGUGAGAUGGUAACUUUGGAAGAGUUCCUGGAAGAGAGCAAUAGGCUGUCCCCACCAAGUGACACCUCCUGUAGCCAGGAUGAUUUGCUGAGUGAUUAUUUUAGGAAGCCAAAUGAGCAUUCAGCUACUGGAAACCUGCUGGUUGCCUCAUCCAGAAAGGAGGCUGCUAGGAUGCCCACUAGUCACGUUGCUCCAACCGUCAAGAUGGCCCCCGCCAGUGAGGAAGGAAGAAUGCCGAAGGCUGGGAGUUACGGGAAGCCAAACCCCAGGCAGGCAGAACCUGAGCCUCCCAUGGGCUCCCAGGGAUCACUCAGGCCUCCCCACACGUCGCAGCAGCAGCAGCCCUCCGGAGGGAGUGGGAUGCGGCAGACGGCCCAGCCCCAACAGCCUGGAAGCACGAGCCGCCAGAGCACCUCCCUGAGCAGGGCGUUCAGCUUGGCCUCCGCAGACCUGCUCCGAGCCACCGGCCCAGACGCCUACAGGCAGGAGAGCCCCCCGAGGCCAGCAGCAGAGCUGCGUGGAGCCAGGGACGCGGUCAGCCAGGCCUGCCGGGCUCCUGUGCCAGCCAGCUCCCAGGGUGCCCUGAGGGAGAGGCCGCAGUCUGCGAACAUGGCGGGCUCUGUGCAGGCUGUUGAUUCUCGCUGUCGGCAGCUCGAUGCGAGGCGCCUGUCGCUAGCGCCGCCCAAGGACGAGCGGCCGCUCUCCUUCCAUCAGUUCUCCAUCUCGCCCACUGCAUCCAUCAGCAAUCUGAAUGCGCAGCAGCAGGAGCGAGCAAACCCUGGGCCACACUACUCAUCUGCUCCGCACACUCCUUCUAAAGUCAAGCCCAGGUCGACCCCUCGUUCUGGGGAGGUGGGCGCUGUGACCCCUGCCAGAGCCAGUCCCAGCAGCGCUGAGGGGAGCGCUUCCCUGGGACAAGGCCAGGGGGAUGCCCUGCAUGCCAAGUGCCCAGGCAAGCUGCCUGAGUGCAGCACUGGGGCAAUGGAGGAGCCCCUGAGAGGAAGCGGCUCCGCCGGUGCUCCCGACGCUGUGGAGCCUCAGGGGGAGCAGCAGACGGUGUGGUACGAGUACGGGUGCGUGUGA